AUGAGGUUACUCAACACCACCAGUUUUAGAGUUCAGGACUUCUCUGCCGACUCUGUCCCCUCAUAUGCGAUCCUAUCACAUCGGUGGGAGCAUGAAGAAGUUAGCUUCCAAGAUCUGAGCGAGGGCCGCGGACCUAAAAUGGCCGGCUACUCCAAAAUAACAGGAUGUUGUACACAAGCAGUACGGGAUGGAUGGGAGUGGGUGUGGGUUGAUUCUUGUUGCAUCGACAAGACGAGCAGCUCUGAGCUUUCCGAAGCCAUCAACUCGAUGUUCAAAUAUUAUUCGGACGCAAAGGUGUGUUACGUGUACCUAAGUGAUGUGCCAUCCGCCGAUUUAGAUCUGGAUAACCUGUAUUGGGCCUUCUCCAAUAGCAAGUGGUUUGGUAGAGGCUGGACAUUGCAGGAGCUUCUUGCCCCUGCAGCAGUGAUAUUUUUUGAUGAAGGAUGGACUGAUCUCGGGUCGAGAAAUAGCAUGCAGAAGUUGCUAUCCAUGAUUACCGGCAUUCAAGACUUUGCGGGCUUCAAAUCAGCAUCUGUGGCACAAAAGAUGUCUUGGGCCGCUAAAAGGCAAACUUCUAGACCUGAGGACCUUGCAUAUUGCUUAAUGGGCCUUUUUGGUAUUCAUAUGCCAAUUAUUUACGGCGAGGGAAACAAGGCUUUCAUCAGGCUUCAGCGAGAGAUUAUUAAUAUCUCAGAUGACGAGUCAAUCUUUGCAUGGACAAACGGAGAUUGCUCCUUAGGACUGCUUGCUACUUCACCAUCUGCGUUUGAAAACUGUGGAGACGUUGUGGUUGGGCAAAUUCCCGGAUUCCUCUCCGACGAAAGGCCCCCUUACUCGAUAACCAGCAAGGGGUUACGCAUGGAGCACAUUGUUAAGCCGUUGGAUGAUGUAUUCGACCUCACAUUCAUCUCGCUACUCAAUUGCAGACGUAUCAACAGACCGGGCAACUUGGCAAUUUAUAUAUACGCUGAUAGGGACGCUCAGUCCGCUUUCAGGUAUAGGAAUUUCACCAUCUCACUCGAUACUCAAGAUUGGAGAGAGAAAUUCAAAAAGAAAACUUUAUACAUCCAACAACGAGACCCGCUUGGGCCCGGCGUCAGCUUCCCUUCCAACAUGUUGGUUAGAUUUGGUUCCAUGGUAUCCCGGGGGUUUAAGGCUACUCAAUGCUGGAUUAGUGAUGAUUCAGUGUUUCCUUCAUUAGUUCGACAAGACCGGGAUAUCAUAUUGCCUCAUUCAGCAUCCGACCAGAAUCAUGAUGGCCACCAAAUCAUGUUAAAUGAAACGUCUAGAACCGCCAUCGCCUUCUCGAAUUCGAUCCUUCAAACGGAGUUCAUGGUAUUCCUCGCACCAUCAACAACCGCCCCAAGAGCGCACAUUGAGGAUCUGCCAUUAAAAGGCCACGGGGUUGAGGAAAUCCUAAACGUGUUAUUCAGAAUAAACUCUGCUGAUUAUGUUUCUAAGAAGCUCGGGGAAAAGAUGUUUGCUUCUGUAGGUAUAAGACCUGGAUUAUACCAGGGACAGCAUAUCCAAAUUGCAGAAAUUGUCAUUGCUGAAGGGUCUGUUAAGUGGCCAGAGCCUAGUGCCGUCACAGAGGAUGUCAAGUUCAAGUUGAUUGUCGAGGAUUUUGAUGCUAAGGUGACCGUGCAAGAUCCUAAGUUGCUCCGUGUCAAAUAG